UUACUGCGACAUCAGAACUCCUCCAACAGAAUCGAGAGUUUGGCCACAGACUCGUGCAUAGAUCCAGACUGACUCAAUAACCAUAAAAGCACAAUGUCUACAGUUCACACAGAGCCACAACAACAGCAGCAAGAGCCACUUGACUUAAUCCGUUACCAAUUAGAUGAGUUUGUGUUGGUGAAAUUGAGGGGUGCAAGAGAGAUGAAAGGAAAGCUUCAAGGAUAUGACUCCCAUUGUAACAUGGUGUUGAGCGACGCCCAGGAAUUCAUAUUCAGUGAAGGAGAAGAGCAGCCGGUCGUAAAGAAGUCUGAAAUGGUGUUCAUCCGUGGAGACUCUGUGAUUUUGAUUUCCCCAACUUCUGAAUAGAUCCAGUGAUAAGUAUGCAAAGGUACUUUCGAUGUUUUUGGUAGGAUUGCACUUGGGGGUUGAUAAAAUAGGGUGAGAUUUGUUCUAGUAUUGAUAUGGUAUUCAAGAUUUGCAUUCAGCU